CAGUGUCGCGAGUCUCGUGCACGCCGUGCUCGCUGCGCCACGAAACGAAUCGAGUCGGUUGCAACACCGGGUAUCCCUCGUCGUGCAGCGGCACCCCGUCAACACCCAUGAGCCCCACGAGCUGGCAUGCAAAAUGCCGAAAGCAAGGACUACCACCCGUGAGAGAUGGUGUCGACUACGUGAACGCAGGGGAAGAAGACCAAAUGGAGGUGUUUGGGUACCAGCCAAAUGGCUGUCGCACCCUGGCCACCUGGUGUGGCAUCCUGCUGACGGCAGGCCUGCUGCGACUCCUCUUCCACUGGCACCCCUCCUGGUGGCUUUACUGCACACAUCGGCGCUGCCCUCUCCAACAGGCCGUCAGAGUGUUGCUUGUGGAUAAGUACAAACAGCUUUUCGUAGAAAAAGUUCAAACUAUCCAGUCUUCUGAAGUCAAUGUGUCACUUAUGCUAUCUGUAAUAGGCCAAGCAGAUUCCUCUUUUCAAGAAUCAAAUAAACUUGAUAGACUUGUGAUCUUGAAACCAGGAGGUUUGCUACAGUCGACCGAGGAGUUAGUCUACUUUGAGAACAAGAAGAUCCGCUACAUCUGGGAUGCGGAGCUCAAGGCAUUCACAAGGUUGAGGGGUUUCGAUAAAAAUGUGACGUGUUCCUACUUUCACCAGCAGAAGGGCCUUUCGCUCCCAGAGCAAGUGGUUAGAGGAGUUCUUUUUGGGGAUAACGUAAUUAGUGUCCAAAUACAGUCAGUCUUUCGUAUCCUCUUUCAAGAGGUUCUCGAGCCUUUCUAUGUGUUUCAAGUAUUCAGCCUAAUCAUCUGGUUUUAUGAUGGCUACUACUACUAUGCCUCAUGCAUCAUCGUCAUGUCUGCAUUGUCUCUAGUCACAAGCGUGUACCAGAUAAGGCUGAGUCAGAAGGCUUUGAGCGACACUGUACAUGCUGUGGAUGUGGUCACAGUCAAGCGAUGCGAAGGAGUCUAUAAAAAGAUCCCGUCAGAGCAGUUGGUACCAGGAGAUGUCCUUAUCGUUCCUCGCAACGGGUGCGUGAUGCAGUGCGAUGCUGUUCUCAGAACUGGAAACUGCAUUGUCAAUGAGAGCAUGCUCACAGGCGAGAGUGUACCAGUGGUGAAGACACCAUUGCCAAAUCCUGAAGCUUCACAGCCAGGACUGGGCAUCAUGUAUGACCCGAAAGAGCAAGGCCGUCACACGCUCUUCUGCGGCACUAGAGUCAUUCAGACGCGCUUCUAUGGCACGGAAAACGUCGAGGCUGUCGUCGUUCGCACGGGCUUUAUGACAGCCAAGGGAGAGCUGGUGCGUUCCAUCAUGUUCCCCAAGCCAGUUGAUUUCAAGUUCAACCGGCACAUCAAGAUCUUCUUGCUGCUCCUCGCAUCCCUGGCCGGUAUGGGAGUCGUCUAUACCAUUGUGCUCAAAUCUCUUCGAGGUGUGCCGGCCUCAAACAUCAUAGUACGUAGUUUGGACGUGAUCACCAUUGUCAUCCCACCUGCGCUGCCAGCCGCGAUGACCAUUGGCAUCGUGUUCGCCCAGUCGCGCCUGCGACGGGCACUCAUCUACUGCAUCUCACCGCGCUCCAUCAACAUCUCGGGCUGCAUCAACUGCUUCUGCUUCGACAAGACUGGCACGCUAACUGAAGAAGGUCUGGACUUGUGGGGCGUCGUCCCGGCCAGUGGUGGCAGAUUCCAGGAACAGGUUCCCGACCCAAGCAAGCUUUCAUUGAACUCUCUGCUGCUCCGAGGCAUGGCCACCUGCCACUCCAUUACAGUCAUUGACCAUCGGCUCUCGGGUGACCCGCUUGAUCUCAAGAUGUUUGAGGCCACGAGCUGGACUUUAGAGGAGCCGGACAUCAACGACAACUCAAAGUAUGACAUCAUCGCACCGACCGUUGUGCGACCGGGACCAGCCAGCAGUUUAAAGGCACCAUUCGUGCCUUCUGUGAAUGCCACCGGAGACCUUUUUGAGGUGCCUUCAUCUUUUGAAGUCGGCAUAGUGCACGAGUUCCCCUUCUCCUCGGGUCUUCAGCGCAUGAGUGUGGUCACCCGUGUGCUGGGUUCGACCCACUUCGACAUAUUCUGCAAGGGUGCCCCCGAGACCAUCGCCUCUCUCUCCAAGUCCGAAACAGUGCCGCCAGAUUUUGUGGAGACACUGACAUCAUACACCCAGCAAGGCCACCGAGUGCUGUCACUGGCACACCGUUCAUUGACGUCAAGCUUCGCCAAGGUUCAUCAACUUCCGCGAGAAGAGGUCGAGAACAACCUCACCUUUGUCGGACUCCUGGUCAUGGAGAACCGGCUCAAGCCAGAGACCACCUCCAUCAUCCGCACGCUUCGAGCUGCCAACAUCCGCACCAUCAUGGUCACAGGUGACAACAUGCUGACGGCAGUGAGCGUGGCACGUGACUGCGACAUGAUUGAACGGGGCCAGGAGGUGCAAAUCCUCUCGUCGAGCACGGAGACGUCGGACAUGGUGCCUGUCCUCAGCUGGCAGUCCUCCGAGGCACCACCAUCAUCCAACAAGUCGCAUCUCAAGGCCAGCGACGUACACCCCAACGGCGGGACCUUCAUCUCUAUGGGCCAUCCGCUUGUUGCUGUGACCGGAAAGACAUUCGGUGUGCUGCGUGAGCACUAUCCAGAUGUCCUGAAAAAGGUGGCUGUAUCUGGUGCCGUGUUUGCACGCAUGGCUCCCAAUCAAAAGCAGCAGCUGGUGGAACUACUUCAAGAGAAGGGCUACUACGUUGGUAUGUGUGGAGAUGGUGCCAAUGAUUGUGGGGCCCUGAAGGCAGCACAUGCUGGAAUCUCUCUCUCGGACACGGAGGCGUCUGUGGCAUCCCCUUUCACAUCCAAGGUGGCCAACAUCUCCUGCGUGCCCACUCUCAUCAAGGAAGGCCGCGCAGCACUGGUGACGUCCUUUGGCAUCCUCAAGUACAUGGCAUGCUACAGCAUGACGCAGUUCACCUCAGUGCUCAUACUCUUCUCCCUCUACUCCAACCUCACUGACCUCGAGUUUCUCUACAUUGACCUCUUUCUCAUCACCCUCUUCGUUACCCUGUUUGGCCGUACGGAACCAUGUCCCACGCUGGACAAGCGGCCACCCCCUUCGAGCCUGAUGGGAGUCACACCACUGACGUCGAUCUUUAGUCAGAUUAUACUAGUCAUUGCUGCACAAGUUUCUGGCAUCGUCGCUCUAUGGAGACAGCACUGGUACCAUCCGCACGUGCAGGUUGCCGGGCAGGAUGAUAAGAAAGAGCUGGCGUGCCACGACAAUUACACAGUUUUUGCAGUGUCUGUCUUCCAGUACAUCACCCUGGCCGUGGUAUUCUCUCGAGGGCAUCCGUAUCGCAAGACAAUACUAUCCAACUACUUCUUCGUUUCGGCAUUGCUGGUGAUGACAGCUUUUAGUUUGUACCUGGUGCUCUAUCCCUCUGAAAUUCUCAUCUCCGGCUUUGAAUUUGACAUGACAAACAUAGAUAUGAAGUUCCGAUUGCUCUGUGUCGCCAUUGCUCUUGGCCACUUCAUCAUCGCUUACAUCUUGGAGGACUACUUCGUGCAGGGUUUCAUUUUCAAGCGGCUCCAGCUGCGAUUCUUCAGCACCUCAACUCCAUACAAGGAGCGACAGGAAGAACUCAAGGACCAGUCAUCCAUCACGAGUUGGGGCACCUGCCGAACAGCGCGGGAAUGCAUGCUUCAACCCAGUGCCUUACAGCUCGCGUCUCCACUGGAAGAUAGCAGUGUUGGCAGCACUAUCACUGCUGACACCUUCAGCAGCAAGGCAUCGGCCACCGACAGGCAAAAUGGGAACUGCCGUGGCGCCACUACCCUGUGUCACGCACAUGUGACGAGCAUUUCCUAAACCUGCUCACGCCAAUCACUUCCUGACAAGGCGGUUUCAAGCGCUCGUCUUUCCCAUCCAUCGUUGCCUCUUUUCAGUGGUUACAGGCAGCAAGCGAGAAGAACCACUGCAGACAAGCGAAAUAGAGUGGCUCUCACUUCGAGUGACGAUUUCACUCGAGAGCAUUUUGUGACUACACGUCAUGGCAACUACGCUUUUCACUAAAGGAUCGAGGCACUCCAUUAUAAGCUCGCUGAGGAUUCUCGUAGCGAGAAUGUGCUUUAACGUGUUAUGAGUUGUGUUGUUUCAAAGAACUUGCUAAUAACUUGCAAUUUAUCUACUUUAGCACAGCCGAAGGCUGUGCAGAUCAGAAUCAAUGGCAUAGAGAAUUAAACCAAUUGUCGUUUGCUAGAACGGCUUCUACGGCAUACUUCAUGUGGUCUAUUUGCACAUGUUUUUACUUUUACAGACUGUGAUGCUUACGAUCAUAAUCUCGUGCAAUUACUAUUAAAAUAUUGUGAAGAUACUAAUAAAGAAAAACACAGUGGGGCUACAGUGUCAAACCUUUGCAACAUUUUUGAAACUAUAUUUUGGGGUUCUUGACCCUAUUAGUUCUAAGUCUUUUUUCAUGUUUCAUUUGCGGUGUAAGUGAUAACCCAUGGGCAUGAAUUAUUUGUAUAUGGCAUUUGUUUGUGGCCACGUCACAUGAAAGCACACUAUAGCCCUUCAUAUUCUUAGGUGCGCUACACAGAAUUGGCACCAAUGUGCACAUGGUUUUGACAAUUAAAUCUGUGUAUCUGAUGUAUUAGGUAUUGGAGUAGCACUACUUCAGUCACAAUGCACUCAGCUUUGCAGUCAGUGGAGAUCCAUUUCAGCUGCAAGAUAAAAAAGUAAACAUAUUUCACUCAUCACAGGCGCUUAGGGUAGUGCAAGUAGUUAUUGUCUAUGGUACUCACUAUGUUUUAAUGUUUCCAAUGUUCGGUUAAAAAUGAAAACUAUUUUAAAACAGUUCGCAUGUUAGAAGAGUACUGAUAAAAAAACUUUACAUCUCACAUUAUCAGUCAUAAUACGUAGUUAAUGACCUGCAUGUCAUGGCUUUUGAAAACCUAAUUUGCUGAACUACGUGAAACUUUAAUAUUUAGAGAUGGUUUUGUAGCAUCCAUUAUUGAUUGAU